AUGGAAGACUUGGAAGGGACCUACAAGGACCAUCAAGUCCAUCUCCUGGCCCUGCAGUGUGAUCCAAAGGCACCUACUCCACAGCAGCUCAUCCAGCUGAGGACAAAGAAUACCAUUGAUCCAACAAGUCGAAGUGGAAGAUGCUGCAUUUGGAUUGGGGCAAUCCCAAGCACGGGAGAAGAACUCACUGAGAGCAGCCCUGCUGAGAAGGACUUGGGGGUGCUGGAGGAUGAGAGGCUGGCCAUGAGCUGUCAGUGUGCUCCCACAGCCCAGAGAGCCAAAUGUGGCCUGGGCUGCAUCCAGUGUGGGCAGCAGGGCCAGGGAGGGGAUUCUGCCCCUCUGCUCUGCUCAGAGCCCACCUGCAGGGCUGCACCAGGGAGGACCUGCUGGAGUUGGUACAGGGCUGCACAGGGAGGACCUGCAGGAGGCGGUGAGGCACUGGCACAGGCUGCCCAGAGAAGCUGUGGAUGCCCCACGACUGGAAGUGCCCAAGGCUACAGAGAAGCCGCGGUUGCCCCAUGCCCGGAGGUGCCCCCGACCAGGUCGGACGGGGCUGGGAGCCCGCCGUUCCCAUGGGAGCUGUCCCUGUCGCUAUCCCUGGGCGGAGCCGUCACCAGCCGCGGCCGAGGCUGCACCGGGACGCCGCCUCAGGCCCCUCCCAAGCCCCGCCCAGCGGCAGCCGCGCGGAGGGCACGCGGCCCCGUGCGUCACGGGCUGCGCGCGCUGCCAUUGGCCGCUGCCCCGCCCCCCGCGCCCGGCCGCGGAUGUCGCAGCCGCUUUGCGCCCUUGUCGUUCGAAACUCGGCCCAAGAUGGCGGCGGCGGCGGCCCGGAGCGGGGCCGAGGCGGCGGCGGCGGCGGCGGCCGCCAGGCUGGAGGGGGCGGAGGGAGAGGAGGAGACGGCGGCGGCCGCGGCGGCGGAGGAUGGGGAGGGCGGGGAGGAAGACGGCGACAGGGCGGGCAAAGCGGGCAAAGUGACGGGCUCUGCGGUAGCAGGCGGCGGGGAGGCUGGCGGCGGCGAGAGCGAGGAGGACGAGGAGGAGGGGGAGGACGUGUUCGAGGUGGAGAAGAUCUUGGACGUGAAGAACGAGGGGGGGAAAACUCUCUAUAAAGUGCGGUGGAAAGGGUACACCUCUGAUGAUGAUACCUGGGAACCAGAGGCUCACUUGGAAGACUGCAAAGAAGUGCUUCUUGAAUUCAGAAAAAAGAUUGUGGAUAACAAGCCUAAAUCUGUUAAAAAAGAAAUACAGAAACCACUUCUAAAUGAUGAUAUAUUUGAAGCAGAGUCUGACAGCGACUUGCAAAGUGAAACAAAAGAUGAUGAUGUUUCACCAAAGAAGAAAAAGAAGAAGUCAAAAGAGGGAGAGGAUAAAAGUUCAGAUGACCUGAAGAAGAAAAAAUCUAAGUCUCCAAAAGCCAAGGAAAAACCCAGAACAGAAUGUGAAAAUUCCUCAGAUACUUUGGUUUUAGAUUCAAAGCCAAAAAAAAGGACUUUAGAAACUAAGGAGGAUUCAAAGGACCCAAAGAAGCAAAGGAAAGAAGAUACUAAAGAAAUCAAGAAAAAGAAGGGAGAAGAUUUAAAAAUAAAAUCUAAAGAAGAUUCUAAGUACAUACAGAAGUAUGGAGAUGUUCAGUUGGACUCAGAAUCAAGUCCUGUGGAUGAUUCAAUUUCUCAGGUGACUUAUAAUGAAAAUUCAAACAUAAAUUCUGAAAAUAAAGAUGAGAAACAAAAGGUAAUAAGUGGAGAAGAGAGAUUGGAACAAGAAAUUGAUGAAAAAGAUGGCAUUCCUGAUAAAUAUCUUGAUGGAUCAGCAAGUAAUGAAGAUGAUGGUAUUGAUACUAGGGCUAAAAGAAAGAAGAAGAAAAUUCAGAAAGCAGAAGACUGUAGAGAAGAAGAUGGAAAAGUAGAAAUUCAGGAUAGUCACUUAGAGAAGAAGAGCAUGCACAAAAAGCAAACAGGUCAAGAAAAAGUACCAGGAGAGUUGGAGAUGGUGUCACCUGCUCCUUCACCAGUGCAGAAGGGUGCGAAACUGAGCGUGGAUGAAAGGGUGUGCAGGCCCAUGGAUUCCCCUGGGGAGGAAAAAGAAGUAAAGAAAACUGAAAUUAAAGAAAAAUCUCAAAAAAAGGAGCCUGAAAAAGAAGAAAAAACUAGAAAAGAACAGAAAGUCCUAAAAAAUGGCAAGCAGCAAGUCCUGAGUUUGGGUAUGGACAUGCAGUUAGAAUGGCUGACACUAGAAGAAUUCCAGAAGCAUCUGGAUGGAGAAGAUGAGAAUCAUGUAUCAACAGAACCAAUAUCAAGUGCUCUCCUCAGAGAUGCUGUUAAAAGUGGAGACUACAUGACGGUGAAAAUGGCGCUUUCUUCAAAUGAGGAAUAUAAUUUGGAUCAAGAGGACCCAAGUGGAAUGACCCUGGUAAUGCUUGCUGCUGCUGGAGGGCACGACGACCUUCUGCGGGUGCUGAUCAGGAAAGGAGCUAAAGUUAAUGGUAGACAGAAAAAUGGAACAACUGCAUUGAUACAUGCAGCUGAAAAGAAUUUUCUAACAACGGUAGCUAUUCUUCUGGAAGCUGGAGCAUAUGUGAACAUGCAGCAGAGCAGUGGUGAGACUGCCUUAAUGAAGGCUUGUAAAAGAGGGAAUUCUGAUAUAGUGCGGCUCAUGAUUGAAAGCGGAGCCGACUGCAACAUUUUGUCCAAGCACCAGAACAGCGCAAUGCAUUUUGCUAAACAGUGCAACAACAUACUGGUGUAUGAGCAGCUCAGGAGCCACUUGGAAACGCUCUCCAAAGUAGCAGAAGAUACCAUCAGGAAUUAUUUUGAAACUCGCCUUGCUUUGCUGGAGCCAGUGUUCCCAAUUGCGUGUCAUCGUCUCUGUGAAGGGCCAGACUUUUCUUUGGAUUUUAACUAUAAACCUCCACAGAAUGUGCCAGAAGGAUCUGGAAUUCUUCUCUUUAUUUUCCAUGCAAAUUUCUUCGGUAAAGACAUUGUUGCUCGGCUCUGUGGACCAUGCAGUGUACAAGCUGUGGUUUUAAACGACAAAUUCCAGCUCCCUGUAUUUUUGGACAGUCACUUUAUUUAUUCCUUCAGCCCUACUGCAGGCCUUAACAAGCUUUUCAUACGGUUGGCAGAAGCUCCUACUGCCAAGGUGAAGCUGCUCAUAGGAGCUUACAGAGUGCAGCUGCAGUGACCUCUGAGCAUGCCAUGAGUGGACUGACACUUUUUGGAUAUACUUCUGAUUCCUCUGUUCAGAGACUGACAAAGCAGUUUGGAACUUUUUGGCACCACACUGAAGACUCAGUUGCCAGCUCGCCACUCGUUGGCAGUCGCAGGAAGUGUGUGUUGGAGAGCAGUUGAGUACGCUGCACUGGUGGGACAGGGUUGUCAGCUUUUUUUACUUUGUACAGAUGUAGAUGUAAGUAUUUGUGCCAAUACAUAUAACUCUGUUUUUCUUUAACUUGUGGAGUCCAGACUGCAUAUUUCAGCUUUUCCACAAUGUGGAAUGGUGCAUAUAAGAACUAUUUAAGGUAAUUACAUGAAAUGUCUUUUUUAAAGAUCUUCAUUUGUAAACUAAAAUUUUCUACUUACUCUUAACAUUUCUAUGUGAAAUGCAGACCUGUCAUAUUAUUGGAGCCAUGGGAAGAAAUUACACUUUAAAUGACUGCAUUAGGUUUAACUUUUAAGUUACUGAGGGCUGUGUUCUGUUUUAAAACUGCUUCUGUUCCUGUCUCUCAAUGAGACCCCAGUUAUGCUUAGAGUGAUUCUCUUUGAACUAACAGAGUUCAGUCUGCAGGUGUGAACAAAGACACCUGAACAGGCUCCAUUCGCAGAAGGGUCUCAGUCAGGUUCCCAGUUAAAUCUCUGCUUUAACCUGCUUUGGUAUUAGAGAAUCAUCUGGUAGUUUUACAGACAUCUUAACUUUUGAGGUCUUAGGUGACAUCUAAGAACAAAUACAAGCUGCAAAUAGCAGACCAGAAAACUUGUAGCUACCUUCAGUGUCCAGGCAGUGCUUUUUGUAGACGAGAAGAUACAUAGAGAAUUUCAGAUGUCCUCAGCCUGACAGAUGACAGAACAUGUGUUGUCCUUUACUUCAGAAAUUCAGUUCCUCAGUGCGAAAAGCUGCUAUCUUUUUAUCUUAUUAUUAUAUUACUAUUUUAUUAAAUGACCCAUUUUAUCAGA